AUGUCGUCUCCUAGUCCUGGAAAGAAAAGAAUGGAUACAGAUGUUGUCAAAUUGAUCGAGAGUAAGUACGAAGUUACAAUACUAGGUGGUUUAAACGAGCUUAUGGUAAAAUUCUUUGGACCUCCAGAAACUCCAUACGAGGGUGGAAUUUGGAAGGUUCGUGUUGAUCUUCCUGAACGAUAUCCUUUCAAAUCUCCCUCAAUUGGAUUCAUGAACAAAAUAUUUCACCCGAAUAUUGAUGAAGCAUCUGGUACAGUUUGUCUUGAUGUCAUAAACCAACAAUGGUCUGCUCUUUAUGACUUAACCAAUAUUUUUGAGUCUUUCUUGCCGCAGCUUUUAGCAUAUCCAAAUCCUACAGAUCCACUUAAUAGCGACGCUGCUUCUUUGUUUAUGUUCAAACCCUCUGAGUAUGUCACGAAAGUUAAAGAGUAUGUCCAACGUUUCGCAAGUGAGGAAGCUUUAAAAGCUGAAGAGAAUAGAGAAGCUGAGUCUAGUUCCUCAGAUGGUGAAAGCUCUAUGUCAGACUACACGGAUGAUAUGGCUAGAGAUAUGGAGCUAUGA